AUGGAGAACGGCUCGGCCAGCGGCAACCAGAGCCUGGGCAGGAUGCCCCGGCAGCCCCUGGAGCUGCAGGUGGUCACCAUCCUGCUGGUGCUGCUCAUCUGCGGCGUGGGCAUCGCGGGCAACGCCAUGGUGGUGCUGGUGGUGCUGCGCACCAAGCACAUGGUGACCCCCACCAACUGCUACCUGGUGAGCCUGGCCGUGGCCGACCUCAUCGUGCUGCUGGCGGCCGGGCUGCCCAACAUCUCCGAAGUGGUGGCUUCUUGGGUGUACGGCUACGCCGGCUGCCUCUGCAUCACCUACUUGCAGUACCUGGGCAUCAACAUCUCCGCCUGGUCCAUCGCCGCCUUCACGGUGGAGCGGUACAUCGCCAUCUGCCACGCCAUCAAGGCGCAGCUCCUGUGCACCGUGUCCCGCGCCAGGCGCAUCAUCGCCUCGCUGUGGCUCUUCACCUCCCUCUAUUGCCUCAUGUGGUUCUUCCUGGUGGACACCACCCAGGUCACCUUCUCGGAUGGGGCGCAGGUCAUCUGUGGCUACCGGGUCUCCAGAAGCCUUUACAUGCCCAUUUACUUCUUGGAUUUUGCCGUCUUCUAUGUCAUCCCGCUGGGGCUGGCAGCUGUCCUCUACGGCCUCAUUGCCCGCAUCCUGUUCGUGAGCCCGCUGCCCGGCAGCCCGCAGCAUCCCUUCCUGGGCUCCGUGCAGCAGGGCAGCUCCCUCCGGCUGUCCUGCCGGGGCAGCAGGGCCGCCCUGAGCUCCCGCAAGCAGGUGACCAAGAUGCUGGCUGUGGUGGUGGCCCUCUUCGCCGUGCUGUGGCUGCCUUACCGCACGCUGGUGGUGGUGAACUCCUUCGUGGACCCCCCGUACCUGAACACCUGGUUCCUGCUCUUCUGCCGCCUGUGCAUCUACCUGAACAGCGCCAUCAACCCCAUCAUCUACAACCUCAUGUCACAGAAGUUCAGGGCUGCCUUUAGGAAGUUGUACAAGUGCCAGGAGAAGAGCGCAGAGCCCCCUGCCCCAUCCAGCACCCCGGUGUACUACAGCGCUGGGAGGGAUUGUUCUCACGACAGCUCUGACCGCAACCUCACCGAGCACGAGGAUCUGAGCAGGCUCCCUGCACCUGCAAAGAAGAAUAAACAAAUCCUGUGAGCCUGAAACAAUGCAGGCAGUGGGAGCUGUGUGGCUGUACGCACUGUGCUGGGAGAGUGCCAAGAGGAAUUGUUUUGGCAUUGCAGUAAGCUUCGUUCAAUACUUCUUCAGGGCAUUA